AUAGUUUUGCGCUCCCUCCUAUAACAAUCGUGUCGUCCUUCUCGCUUAUAAAGUGACAAACAAAAGCGCACCCUGCAGAUUUUGUUAAAAUUCCACCUGCAGACAUGGGCACUCGUGGGCGCUAUAUUUACCGUUAUCGAAAUAUGUAUUUCUGCUACUAUCGUCGUUUUGACUCGUAUCCGGAGAGUCUUGGCGUAGAGGUGCUUGAAUGGAUGCGGUUGCCCCAUGCCAUCACAAGGAAGCAACAGGAGUUAAAAGAGAUGCUGGACGAGUCUGAGGGCCAAUCCUUUCCCCUAGAUAUUGAUUACGAUCUCACCAUUUUUGAUCAGCAGCCAGAAGCUAGGCACAUCGAUGUAGCGUUCACCUAUGGGAUCGACCUUGAUCACAGUAUCUUCGAUGUAAACGGGAUACCAUCUUACUCCUUGGAAUGCCUUCCGGAACCAAAAGACUUUCUCGAGCACAUUUGCAACGACCAUUACUACAACCUAGCUUGUACACCAAUGUGUCCCCCUGAGCACAACGCGGCUGUGAACGACCUGCUCGGCAUCAACGACAUCUUGUCCAAAAAUGAGCAGGUCCGGGUCUCAUUGUUAGAGAUGAUCAUUGGGUGCUGCAUGUCCCACCCAGUGCUUCAACUUGACCAAUUAAUCCACGAAUUCGAGACCGAUUCCAAUCACAACCGACUCAGAGAUGCGCUGAUGAUAUUCGAUGCACCAUCCGUGUUGGUUCAGCCUCCCAUGCCGGAUAGAAAGGAAUUCAUAUGGGCUCGCGAAGACACCAGUGAGCAACGGGAUGCUCCAGGCGAUUACUUUGGAGUUGCAUUCUCUGUUUCCCACUGUGCAGUUGUCAAAGUGGUAAAGGACAUACACACGACGUUUAGUCAUACCACUGCCCUCCAAUUUUUGCCAUUAUUCUUCGCAGAAUCCCCUUCUACGCCAGGAAUCACCGCUCUCGCUCGCCUUGGUCAUCGCAUCGACCCUGCACUCUUUGUGCGUGUUAUGAAGGUCUGGCAUGGGCACAACGGAAUAUAUGUAUGGCGCAAAAAGUUUUUUGCUCAGGGGAUUAGCGAUGCACCACCCAGCAUCGGCUCUCAGACAACACUACCCUUGGAACUUUGGCAAGAGAUCGCUUUUUAUCUUGAUCUACAAGACGUCCGUACACUGGGAUUUGUUUCAAAGUUAUGUCGUGAAGUGGCCUCGAGGGUACUCCGCUAUCCCCAUGUCCUUGGCCAUCGCUUGGUCGCAGUGUCCAAAGAGAUUCCAGAGAGACCGCUACAAUCUGCUUCUUUCUUUGCUGCAUGAGCUGGCAUUCCUGCCACUGUGAUUGUUGGGCAGGGUGAUACAUUUGACGCCCAAGGCAGGGAUGCGUGUUUUCCCGUAAAAGACACCGAGAUGUAUAUCCCCGUUUCAGGCACACUCCUGCCUGAGGCUGAAGGGAAAAAGAAAAAUCGAGGGUAUCGUCAUUUUUAGCACCACAUGCAAUCUCCCACUGUGUUGCAUAUCUCGUACAUGUGGGUCUCUCGUCACAGUAACUUUUUGAUAUUCCAUGGCUUGACCAUACAUACUCAACCGUACAUAUUCAACACAUUGUUUUGUGGAAAAUUGAGAACUAAAUACGGACAUGUAACAUACAGUUUCAAUAAUUUCUCGGC